GAAGACACUUUAAGACUCUCGCUUGACGCCUUUGUUGUGGUGCCGGGCGAGAUCAGGCGGCGUCCUUCUAAUAUUUUCCUUCAUUUAGCCCCAAAAAUUCACCUAAAUGUCGGACAACGAGGACCCAGUGGAGCCUAUGGAGGUCGGGGAGAAUUCAAAUGAGUCCUCCUCCGGCGAGACGUCCUCCAGCAAGGCCGGGAUUGGCAUGGAGUACGAGAACAAGAUGGAGAGUGACAGGGCGAAGCGUUUUGACUACUUGCUCAAACAGACGGAAAUCUUCUCCCACUUUAUGAUAGGAGCGAGGGACAAGACGCCCUCCUCGCCACUCAAGUGCAAGCCAGGUCGCCCCAAGAAGGUGGAGAACAAGAAGCCGUCGCUGCUGGGAGAACGGGUGAAGAAAAUUGCAACAUCGGCAGCAGACCACCGCCAUCGCAUGACAGAGCAGGAAGAGGAUGAAGAGUUACUGGCGGAGUCUAACAAGUCAUCCAAGAUCAUCACACGCUUUGAGGAGAGCCCCAGCUAUGUCGUCAAUGGGGAGAUGAGGGACUACCAGAUCAGGGGACUCAACUGGAUGAUUGACCUGUACGAGAAUGGCAUCAACGGAAUACUGGCCGAUGAGAUGGGCCUCGGAAAGACUCUGCAGACUAUCUCGCUGCUGGGGUACAUGAAGCACUUCCGCAACAUUCCUGGCCCCCACAUGGUCAUCGUGCCCAAGUCCACCCUGAGGAACUGGGAGAAUGAGGUGAAGAGGUGGUGUCCCUCCCUGCGCUGUGUCUGCCUCAUCGGGGACCAGGAAACAAGGUCGACCUUCAUCCGAGAGGUGAUGAUGCCUGGGGAGUGGGACGUGUGCAUCACCUCUUAUGAAAUGUGUAUCAGGGAGAAGUCUGUCUUUAAGAAGUUCAAUUGGAGGUACAUGGUAAUUGACGAAGCUCACAGGAUUAAGAACGAGAAGAGCAAGCUGUCCGAGAUUGUGAGGGAGUUCCGCACCACCAACCGGCUGCUUCUGACGGGGACACCUCUGCAGAACAACCUCCAUGAACUGUGGUCACUGCUCAACUUCCUGCUGCCCGAAGUGUUCAGCUCCUCCGAGGAUUUUGACUCGUGGUUCAACACAAACAGCUGCCUGGGUGACUCGAGCCUGGUUGAGCGGCUGCAUGCUGUGUUGAGGCCCUUCCUGCUACGUCGCCUCAAGUCUGACGUGGAGAAGAGAUUGUUGCCCAAGAAAGAGACUAAAGUUUACAUCCAGCUGUCCAAAAUGCAGAGGGACUGGUACACCAAGAUUCUGAUGAAGGACAUUGAUGUGGUGAAUGGGGCUGGCAGAACAGAGAAGAUGAGGCUGCAGAACAUUUUGAUGCAGCUGCGGAAGUGUUGCAACCACCCUUACCUCUUUGAUGGCGCUGAACCGGGCCCUCCCUACACCACCGAUUACCACCUGGUGAGCAACUCUGGCAAAAUGAUAGUGCUGGACAAACUGCUCCCCAAACUGCAAGAGAUGGGGUCCCGUGUGCUGCUGUUCUCUCAGAUGACAAGGAUGCUGGACAUUCUGGAGGACUACUGUGUGUGGCGCAAGUACUCCUACUGCAGGAUUGACGGCCAGACAGCUCACGAGGACCGGCAGAGGCAGAUCGACGAAUAUAAUCACCCGGACUCAGAGAAGUUUCUGUUCAUGUUGUCAACACGCGCUGGUGGUCUGGGCAUCAACUUGGCCACUGCUGAUAUUGUCAUUCUGUUCGACUCAGACUGGAACCCACAGAUGGAUCUACAGGCGAUGGACCGAGCUCACCGUAUUGGCCAGAAGAAGCAGGUGAAGGUGUUCCGCUUCAUCCAGGAGAACUCGAUGGAGGAGAAGCUUGUGGAGAGGGCCGAGGUGAAGCUUAGGCUGGACAAGAUGGUCAUCCAGCAAGGCCGGCUGAUGGACAACAAGACAAAUGCGCUGGCCAAGGAUGAGAUGCUUGCUAUGAUCAGACAUGGUGCCAAUGAGGUCUUCAAGGGCAAGGACGAUGAGUUCACUGAUGAGGAUGUUGAUGCUAUUAUUGGUAGAGGAGAAGAAAGGACAGAGGAGCUAAACAAGAAACUGGAGGCGUUAGGAGAGUCAUCCCUGCGUCAGUUUACCUUAGAUGUCCCCACCAACUCUGUGUACCAGUUUGAGGGAGAGGACUACAGGAACAAACAGAAGGCAAUCGUGGGCAUGUGGAUUGAGCCGCCCAAGAGGGAACGCAAGGCUAACUACGCUGUGGAUGCUUACUUUAGAGAGGCCCUGCGUGUGUCCGAACCCAAGGCGCCUAAAGCACCCCGGCCCCCCAAGCAGCCUGUUGUGCAAGACUUCCAGUUCUUCCCGCCCAGACUGUUUGAACUGCUGGACAAAGAGAUUUACUACUACCGCAAGACUGUUGCUUACAAGGUACCGAAGAACCCAGAAUACAUGGGAGAGGCAGCGAGGAUCCAGCGAGAGGAGCAGCAGAAGAUUGAUGAAGCCGAACCAGUGACUGAGGAGGAGAUGGAGGAGAGGGACCAGCUGUUGACUCAAGGCUUUCUCAACUGGAGCAAGAGGGACUUCAACCAGUUCAUCAAGGCCAAUGAGAAGUAUGGCCGGGAUGACAUAGAGAACAUUGCCAAGGAGGUGGAAGGCAAGACCCCAGAGGAGGUAAUGGAGUACUCAGCAGUGUUCUGGGAGCGCUGUUCGGAGCUGCAAGACUGUGACCGCAUCCUGGCACAGAUAGAGAGAGGAGAGGCAAAGAUCCAGCGACGUGCAUCCAUUAAGAAGGCCCUGGAUGCAAAGAUGGCAAGGUACAGGGCUCCCUUCCACCAGCUGCGAAUCUCCUAUGGAACGAACAAGGGGAAGAAUUACACAGAAGAGGAGGACAGGUUUCUGGUGUGCAUGCUUCACAAACUGGGCUUUGACAAGGAGAAUGUGUAUGAGGAACUGCGAGCUGCUGUGAGAUCAGCACCACAGUUCCGUUUUGACUGGUUCAUCAAGAGCAGAACAGCCUUGGAGCUCCAGAGACGCUGCAACACACUCAUCACACUGAUCGAGAGGGAGAACCAGGAGCUUGAGGAGAAAGAGAGAGCGGAGAGGAAGAAGGGAAGGCCUCGCAGUAUGUACAUUAAGUCUGGCAAGAGGGCAGCUGGAGCACAGGAUGGAAGGGGAGGCGUAAGAAGAAGGCAGAGUAGGUAGAAUGAAGUGGAGAUAGAAGAUGUAAGGUAGUUAGUGUAAAGGUGAUGAUGGGUUAAGAAAGGCUUUAGGUGGAGUAGAUAGGAGGAAGGUGAGGUGGUAUAAAGUGUAAAUGUUUGGUGGAGUUUGUGUUAUAUAUUACUUGAAGGUGAGAAGGAAAGACAUGAAGUGAUAGUGGAGGAAGAUAAGGUAAUGGAAAAGAAGAGGGAUGGGUAGGAAAGUCUUAAUAAAGCUUGGAUAGAUAGGGAAGAGAUAAGACGAUAAGAUUACAAAGUGGAAGAGUAAAGCUGGUGAAUUAAUUAAAAAAAGAUUUGAUAAGAUUUUGACGAAAACGCAUAAUUCUUCACCAUCUUCCAAAAUGAUGAUAAUGGACGUGAAAAUUUGGCAAAGGAAAAAAGAAAAGAGACAUUAUAAUAUUGUGAUAAAAAAACAAAAAAAAAAACCUAAUAAUAACAAUGACAAAAGCGAGAAUAAGGAUUAAGACGAAUGUGAAAAAAUAAUGACAUUUACUGUAUAAUA